GGCACUGUAGCCCCAAGGAAUGUAAUCACGUGUGUUUUCAAAAGUUUAGACUGGAGAAUCCGCAUGUUUACGCUUAAAACUGAAUUUAAAGCGUUAUAUAUUUAAUUUGACGAGUUGCAUUUUUGUAUAUCUUUAGAACCCGUUUUAAUUACUCACCAGAAUUCGGAUAGCAUUCGUUAGCUUGUCUGAGGUCGGUCUUUUUAAUAGUAGUGGUCUCUGUUAUUUUGCUCAUUUAGCUUGUUCAAGGUCUACACUGUGCUAGUUCAGACAAAGGCUUGUGUUUCUGCGGACAACGUGGUCAAAUAUGGUGUUCUUCACCUGCAAUGCGUGUGGUGAAUCUUUGAAAAAAGCCCAGGUCGAAAAACACGUGAACAUUUGUCGGGGGUGUCAGGUGUUGUCCUGUAUUGACUGCGGACAAGAUUUUUGGGGUGACGACUAUAUGAAUCACGUUAAAUGUAUCAGUGAAGACCAAAAGUAUGGGGGGAAAGGCUUUGAGGCCAAGGCAAACAAAGGUGAUGUCAAACAACAGCAGUGGAUGCAGAGAAUCCAUGAAGCCAUGAACAAACCUGGCAUCAGUCCCAAGUUGAGAGAUGUGCUCAAGCAAGUGAGUGCAUACGACAACGUUCCCAGGAAAAAAGCCAAGUUUCAGAACUGGAUGAAAAACAGUCUAAGAAUAUCCAACACAAGCCUUCACGAUGAAGUGUGGGACAUAAUUGCUGCUGCAGUCAAUGCUCCGGAUGCCACACAGCAGCACACAGAGACAGUAGCUGAAGUCCAAGGAAACACUAACGGAACCCAAAAUCAGCUUGACCACGAAGAUGUGAAGAAUAAGAAAAAGAUGAACAAAAGGGAGCGCAAAGAGGCCCGCCAGCAGAAGAACGGAAAAGCUCCAAAAUUCGUUGAAGAACAAGUAUCCCAAGAGCAGACUGAAAGCCAAGCAGGCAAGAAGAAGAAGGAUGGGAAAAGAAAACGCAAAGAAGCAGAAGAUGAAGAACAAAAUGGUGUUGAAAAUGAAACCUCUGCCAAAAAAAAGAUUAAGGUUGGAACAGAGGCAAAUGAUGCUGAGAUGUCAGAUGAGGCUGAUGAUGAAGCUGCUUCUCAGGGAAAAUUCCACUGGAAGGGAACCAUCGUGGCGCUUCUCCGCAGAGCACCUGACCAGGAACUGUCUACCAAAAGGCUCAAGAAGAAAGUGUUGGCAGCUUAUUACUCUUUCACCGGAGAGAGGAAUUUUAAAACAGAAGACCAACUGAUUUCUACAUUCAACAAAAAGAUCACCAAAAAUCCCAAGCUUAGAGUUCUUAAAGACAGAGUUAAACUUGUACAUUAGAUUUGCAACAUCAACUAUCUUGUACAUUUUUCAAAAUAAAAUCUGUUGCAACAGUGA